UUUUUUUUGUCGAAAGGGCAAACUUUGGACAAAACCCCGACGCCCCAACUCUAUCCAUUCCCCCAUUUUCCCCCUCGCCGCCGUCAGAGCAGAUCCGCCGCCACCGGCGCUCCUCCGGCCGGCUGAGAGGAGCGCUCCGGCCACCAGGCUUCGUCGAUGGCGUCGCCGGGGCCGUCCCCCGCUCCGGCCAGCCGAUCCGAGCGCCGGCGUGCGCCCGGCGCCUCCAACGCCGGCGUGCUGUCCCCGCCACGCCGCUCAUCCGGCCGGCUGAGAGGCAGGCCCGCGCGCUCCGGUCACCAGGCUCCGUCGAUGCCGCCGCUCGGCCGCUCCGGGCCGCCCGCCGCCUCCGACGACGCCGGCGUGCUGCCCCCGGACGUGCUGUUCGACGUCCUGCUGCGGCUGCCCGCCAAGGAGCUCUGCCGCCUCCGUGCCGUCUGCCGCUCCUGGCGCUCCCUCGCCUCCGACCCGCUCUUCAUCAGAGAGCACGCGGCGCGCCACCGGGACCCGCUCUUCCUGGCCAAUUUCCGGGACGACAAGGCGCACGUCCAUGUCGUCGAUCUGUCCGGCAGGGUGGUGAAGCGGAUACCCAACGGGGACGGCCACGAGCUGCUCUCUACGCGCCUGGACCUGGCCUGCGUGGUGACGGUGAGGAACAGCUGCCGCGUGCUCGAUCCGGCUACUGGAAGUGUUCACGUCCUGCCAGAGCCCCCGGCAGCUGUUCAUUUGAAUGAAGAAAAUUUAGCUGUUCAUUUCAAUGAAGAAAAUUUAAUCAAGCCGUACACCUCUUUUGCAUUUGGGAGGAUUGGCGCUACCGGAGAGUACUGAGUACAAGGUGCUACGGAUAUUCAGCCGGCCCAUGCACAGCCUUGCCCGUCCCACCCUUACCGGCCUUCAUCAGCGAGCGGUGCUUCUGGUUCCCGUUCCAGCCAUGCACAAUGGAAAUUUGUCGAUCCAGGCAGUGCCAUCGUCGUUGGUGAGGUGGUCUACUUCAAGGAGGAUGCUGAAUACGAUGAAAUGAUUGGUGCUGGUGUAAACCCUGGCGUUCCUCUUGACAGCAUCUAUUCGUUUGACCUUGAGAGAGAGGAAUGGAGGGGAAUUCUGCAAGGGCCAAUACAUGACAUCUUUCAAACCGGUGAGUAUGAUGAUGAUUUGGGUGACUACCUUUCCCUUUGGUAUCAGACUACUCUAGCUGAUCUGAGAGGCUCUUUAGCUCUUCUGCACUACCGUGAGUACCAGUACAUCAUGGACCUUUGGCUUCUAAAGACUUUGACAAUGCUCUCUGGGUGAAAGAGUAUAGGAUUCAGAUUGAACCAAUUUUCCCUACUCCCGAUUGCUCUGUAAAGUCAUUGUUUAUGUUAAGGCCCCGUUUAGUUCUCAAAAAAUUUCCUAUAGUACUCGUCA